CGUAGGCUGUACUGCUAAUCAUCUGCGGAGGUCAAUUAGUCCUGCAUUCCCGAGAUGCAAUGCGCCGGUCCAUCGCUGUCCAAAUUGGCGCCCUCGGGCUGCUUGCAUGCAUCGCUUUCGCUUUCUUCCAAUUGAGGACUAUACACCGGUCGAAUCGCUUCAGCAUACUGGAGGAAGAUGAAGCAUGCGAGCCCUUUAGUGUUCCAGGAAUCGAACAGUGCUCAUAUGCACACGAACACUGCGCACCGACCGACUCUAUUCUGUCCAUACCAUACCUGCAGAUCUACUUCUGCUCACCAAUAGCCGUCCGAUGGCUCAUCGUCGUUGCUCUCGUAGCAUGGCUGCUCUUCCUCUUCUCAUUUAUAUCGAUAUCAGCUUCCGACUUCUUCUGCCCGAACUUGUCGACUAUUGCGACGAUGCUCGGACUCGACGAGAACGUCGCAGGAGUGACAUUCCUCGCCUUCGGGAAUGGGAGUCCCGACUUGUUCAGCACGUUUUCAGCAAUGCGGAACGAUUCAGGGAGCUUGGCUGUCGGAGAACUGCUGGGGGCUGGCACGUUCAUAAUAUCGGUCGUUGCAGGAUCGAUGUGCUUGAUCAAGCCCUUCAGAGUGCAGCGAGGGCCCUUCCUCCGAGAUGUUACCUUCUACGCCGUGUCGGUCGCCGCUUUACUCGCUUUCCUCAGCGAUGGAAUAUUCAUGGCAUGGGAGGGUGCGGUACUCAUCCUCAUAUAUGUCUCGUACGUGGCAACGGUCGUUGUACAAACGUAUGUCGACAAGCGGAGGGAGAAGUUGAGGCAGAUUCAAGCCUUCAGAGGUGACGACUUCGUGGGAGCUAUCGAGCCAUACUUGGACGACGACAGCGACAUUCCUUUUCCCCGUAUCGAAUCCCUCUAUUCUGAUGAGGCAUCUGCCUUGCAAAUACCCGCCACGCCUCCACCACCAACCAUCGGCACCGCUGGCCCGCGGAUCAAUCGCGCCUCAUCCGCCCCACCUAACGCAGAACUCCUGGGUUCAACUCUCUCGGCCAAUGGACUCAUUCGCACAUCGUCACCGGCUCCUUCCAUGUCGCCGUCUGACUCCUUCCUGGUUGUGCCGAAUGGUGGAAGGCCACGAGCAUUACCGCCUUUGCAAACCAGCAACCUUAUCAAUGGCCAUCAUCAUGUCCCACACAGCGCCCAACCACACGGCACGGUAAGACACCGCCGACAUCUGCCAUCUUUCUCUCUGCUGGGCGCAGUAGAGUUCCACAACGUCGUCCAGUCCCUCCAGCGAGAAUCUGCAGUUUUCGGCGGACCAGGCUUCGACGAAGCGAUCUUCGAGCCCCCUGCUGCAGGCCAUUAUCACAACCUUGGACAGCGCCGAAUAUCUGGUGCCAUCACUCUCAGAUCCCCAUCACCUGAUGGCACCGACCUACCAAGCCCAUUCGGGUUUCCUCAGAUCGGGUAUCCUCUAGUGAAGACCUCGUCAGCACAGGAAAUAUCCAAUGCCGCCACCAGCACUGCGCCGAGCAUUCAUGUCAUCCCUCCAGAGCAAGCCCUUGAAGAGGGGAGCCUAGAAGAGGCAAGUACCGAGCCUCAAACCUUGACCGUCAGACUUCCCGAUGAAAAACCACCCAGACGAUCACGAGUGCUCAGCGCGCUUUACUCAAUUUGGAGCACUUUGUUCCCCACUCUGGUUUCCCUUGGCCAGAAAGACUGGUCUGGUCGAAUUCUCUCCGUCAUCUCAGCACCUGCUGUCCUGUUGCUGACUCUAACUCUUCCGGUGUACGUGGCGCAUCCAAAUGGAAAUAACGGAGAAGAAGAGUUGAACGUCGUGAGGGAAGAGGACGAGUGCUGUGACGAGACACCUCAUCAUAAGUGGUUGAUGGCGAUCCAGUGUAUCUUGGGGCCGUUGUGGGUGUUACUCGUUAUACUCGGAACACACGAGUACUUCUUAUGGAUGGUGCUUGGCUGCGGAGGGGUCGGUCUUCUCAUGAGCGGACUCGUCUUGCGCUACGGUGGGACGGGGAAACAUCCCGCAUUCAGACUAUUUCGCUGCUUCCUCGGAUUCUUCGUGGCCGUUGUCUGGAUAAUGGCAAUAGCCGAUGAAGUGGUUCGUGUGCUGCAGACGCUGGGUGUCAUAUUCGGCCUCUCAGAUGCCAUCAUCGGCCUCACCAUCUUCGCGAUGGGCAACUCUCUGGCAGACCUAGUCGCGAACCUCACCGUGGCGUCGAUGGGCAGUCCUCUCAUGGGUAUCGCGGCGUGCUACGCCGGGCCUAUGUUGAACAUCCUCAUCGGGCUCGGUAUUGCCGGCAUGGUCGUAGCAGGGGAGAACGCAUCCAAGGGGUACGAGAUCAUCUUUUCGCCGACACUGAUAGUGAGCGCCGUGGGGCUGCUCGUCAUCCUACUCGCCACACUGAUCGUAGUCCCGUGGAACGACUACUGGCUGACGAAGAAAUGGGGAAUUGGGUUGAUCGUGGGUUACGUGGUGAUCAUGGUAAUCAAUAUCGUUGUGGAGGUCAAGGUCUAAUUGUGUUAUCUAUCGCACUUAACGCACUGCAUUGUAACUUAUUGCACUGUUCAAUAUUCCGUUG